AUCCAAUAAUUACUUAUAAGUCAAAAAUGAAACCCCUGUUUUUCAAAUAAUACAGUCACUGUAUUUAUCCUCUGUCUUCGUUUUCUCUCGCUGUUCUUGAUUUUUUUUUGAUACGGAGCAUAAACAGAUUUCACAGUUGCUUCUGCUGCAAGAUUUCAUUCGAACUGCUUAAAAUCUAAGCAGUGUUCUCCAAAAGAUUAUCCACUUUUUCUUGAAGCAAAAAGUGAGGACGAAUGUAUGAUGAUUCUCGAGCAUUAUUCUCUGAUUCUAGUGCUAUAAUUUCUUCGAAUUUCAGCCCGAAAGGAGAACAACACAAUUUGUUUCCUAGGAGCAGAAUGAACUUCGACAUGAACAACAUUGUUCAAGAUAGUUACCACAACAACAGUUCCAAUGAGAAUUCUUAUGGGGACAGUCUGAAUUCUUCGUUAUCGCAUUAUCCCAGGCAUAGUUCAAGUUUAACAUCACAAGCUGGACAUUUGGAUAAUUCUAGUUUGUAUAGAGGGAGUUUUAUGGGAAUGGAUGAUCAAGUCAAAACGUCUGCAGGUCUAAUGCGGCAAAAUACUUCUCCGCCUGGAUAUAUCUCCCACCUUGCUAAUAAAUCUGGCUAUGGGGGAAUGAGAGAUGUUGGAAAUUACAGACUGGGCAAUGGUAAUAACAGAGACUUGACUUCAAGCAGAUUGAAGAGUCAGAUAAGCUUAUCAUCUGGAAUACCAUCAUCCUUAGGGAUGUUGCCUCAGAUAUCUGAAACUGAUGGCGGGAACACUGAACCAACUAGUAAUGUUGAUACAAAGAACAGAUGUGUUAGGGACACUCAGUAUCACAACUCUGGCUACCCUUUACGGUCCUGGAAUGAUUCUUUGAAUUUUGCCGACAGCUACACUUUGAAGAGGGAACUUGAUGUUGAUGACAGAUUAUUCUCUAGUAUUCAGAAUGGUGAAAUUCAAAAUCGUCCAUCGCUGUUUUCACAUCAUUUAAGUUUGCCAAAGACUUUAAGUGAUAUAUCCUGCAUGAACAAAUUGCUGCAGUUUCAAGAUUCUGUCCCCUGUAAGAUCCGUGCCAAGCGAGGUUGUGCUACUCAUCCACGUAGCAUUGCAGAGAGGGUGAGAAGGACAAGAAUCAGCGAACGAAUGAGAAAACUACAAGAGCUUGUCCCCCACAUGGAUAAGCAAACGAACACUGCAGACAUGUUAGAUUUGGCUGUUGACUACAUAAAAGACCUCCAAAAACAGUACAAGACACUUAAUGAUAAUCGGGCAAACUGUAGAUGUUCGGCCAUGCAGAAGCAAGGACUCAAGUGAAUGGUUUGAUAGUGUACAGGGAAUAAUUUUGUCCUCAGAAAGAAGUCGUAUUAAUUUUGUUCUGCUUCUAUUGAAGUUUAACAGAAUAUGCAUAUCAUGUAAUCUCAACUCUGUGGUCCAGGUCCUGUAAUUCAGUGUAAGCUCUAAUUACCCAAAUAGAGGGAAGAAAAUAUAUCAAACUGUAUAUGGCUUGUAAUAAUACAUUCUUCUUGUUUGUACCAAUUAUUUACUAUCAGUUUCUAGCAAUAUACUUUGUUCCU